GGGCGCAUUACAAACAGCCAAUGGCAGGACUCCUGUUAGUGUUAUGGUCCUGUCAGGACGCCGGCGUCGUGGGGUUUGGGUGCUAGCCACCGGCAGGGCCCGGGUCUGGGUUUAGGGCCGCAUCUUCUCGUGCCGUUGUCAUCCUCCUGUCAGCUUUCCCCGCCCGCCUCGACCGCAGCUCGAGGGUCGAGAAGCCGCCGCCGUUUGCGCGGAGAGGCCAGGACGAGUUUAAACGUCUGAGGGUCGGCGCUGCCGCCUCGGUCUCAAAGCCUGGGCCCAGCCUCCGCCGCCGCCGCCGCGGUCGCCACCUCCGCGGGGCGGGGAGAUGCAGCCGCCGCCGGGUCAGCCCCAGCUGUAUUCUCCUACUAACGGGGACUUUACCUUCGUUUCCUCCGCAGACGCUGAAGAUCUCAGUGGUUCAAUAGCAUCCCCAGAAGUCAAACUAAACCUUGGUGGAGACUUCAUCAAAGAAUCUACAGCAACCACAUUUCUGCGACAGAGAGGCUAUGGCUGGCUCUUGGAAGUGGAAGACGAUGACCCUGAAGAUAACAAGCCUCUCUUGGAGGAACUGGAUAUUGAUCUGAAGGAUAUCUACUACAAAAUUCGAUGUGUAUUGAUGCCAAUGCCAUCACUUGGUUUUAAUAGACAAGUAGUGAGGGACAAUCCUGAUUUUUGGGGCCCUCUAGCAGUUGUUCUUUUCUUCUCAAUGAUUUCAUUAUAUGGACAGUUCAGGGUGGUUUCAUGGAUCAUAACUAUCUGGAUAUUUGGCUCCCUAACAAUUUUCUUAUUAGCCAGAGUACUUGGUGGAGAAGUUGCAUAUGGUCAAGUUCUUGGUGUCAUAGGAUAUUCAUUACUUCCCCUCAUCGUAAUAGCUCCUCUGCUUUUGGUGGUUGGAUCAUUUGACGUUGUAUCAACACUAAUAAAACUGUUUGGAGUCUUUUGGGCCGCCUACAGUGCUGCUUCCCUAUUAGUUGGUGAAGAAUUCAAGACAAAGAAGCCUCUCCUGAUUUAUCCAAUUUUUUUACUAUACAUCUAUUUCUUGUCCUUAUAUACUGGGGUGUGAUCUGAAAAAAGUCAUAUAUGGGUAGAAAGUUUAUACAUACUUAGAUGCAGGCUAGAAAUUCACAUGGAAUAGAUUGGAGAAAACAUGUAGAUGGUGGAGUCUUAUAUGUUCCAAUUUUAAAGGCAGGUUUAAGAUUUAAAAGCCUGUUUGUCCAUUCUAUUUAAGCAGUGUAGCUAUAUACAUGUGUCAGAAUUCUAGAUUUUCUUUAAAAUUCUUCAUAUUUCAGUGAAUAAAAUAUAAAAGCAUUGUGUUUAUAAGAUUGUGUCAAUAUAUACCUGAAUACCUGUGCCAAAAGCACCAGAACUGGCUUAUUGUAUUACACUUGAAAGGUAAAUAUGGCAAGAUCUUGAUAAUCUAAAAAUGCAAAUUUUUUUUCAUUUAAUAAGCUGGAUUUUUUUUUGCACAGCAAAUUCUAUAGGUAUAUAUAUUUAUAUAUACACAUAUAUAUUUAUGAAAUAAUCCUGAUUAUUCACAGAAUAUAUUUCUGUACGACCUAAAAAAUGAAGAUAUUUUAAAUUUGAUCUCAAAAUUUCUUUAAUUUGGCCAUUGAGUUUUAUAGGUUUAAAUUUGUUUUUUAAAUUGUACAUAACAUUUUUGUAUCUAUUGCACAGCUUUGACACUUCCUUGUUAAGAAUUCUUGAUGGUAACUUCUGAAAUAAUUUUAGUAGUUACUACAAUAGAUUGAGUUUGUGCUUUUAAAAACCAUUUUUGAAUAUCCAGAAAUCUGAUUUAAAGUUCCUAUUUAUAUUUCUGACCAAAGGAGCAAAGAAAUGUAUUGUGUAUGGCAUUUAUGAAAAUUGUUAAUAUUAGGAAAACAGUAUAUUUACAAGAUUAGUAAAUAAUUUUAAGGUGUGAAUCUUAAGUUUGACAGUAAAAUGGUUAGGUUUUUUUAGUCAUUAAAAAUUGAAGGUGACAGAAGCUUAAAAUUCACAUGUUGUUAUUUGAAAUAGAAAAAAAAUAAAAUGUUUCCCAACUGUGUGUGUGUUUUAUAACACCUUGUUUUAUGUUACAUUUGGUGGUCUAGUGUUUUAACAAGUGAGAUGUGCUUUAACAAUUAUGCAAAUUUUCAAAGAGAAAUGUUUAGAACUCAUAAAUAACAGUUGAUUUUGUUGCAAUAAUUAAACUCUAGAGAUCAAAUUAUCUAAUUAUAUUCUUUUAUAAAAAGCAGAUGAAAUGUUUUCUUGUAUGUUUUAGGGUUAAAGGCCAUAAACUGGCAAAUGUCUAUCAACUAUUGUCAAAUCAGUGUUUUAUAUCUAUUUUAACUGUUCCUUUCACAGCCAGAUGAUAUGUUCCCUGGACUGCAGUCUUCUUAACUGGAACCCUCAUUGGUGACUCUUACCAAAUUAACAUUCCUACUUCCAUGAACUUGGAAAAUAAGAAUUAAACAGGCCUAUAAGGAAAAUAGCUCUCACAGAUCUGAUGUUUUGUACUCUUUAGGAAAGGAAUGAAACCAGUGUGGGUUUAGAAUUCUGUGAAAAAUGAGCUUACUGAUUUUGUAAACUUAGGAUGCAUAGCAGAUUUAAAGUAACAGGAGAGGGGAGAAAGGCUUCUAGAAAACAAAAAUAUUGAGAAGUACUAUAACAGCAGAGUGAGGAGGGAGGCAGAAGAAUCAGCAGCAAUGUAAAAAACAACUUUACAGACUUCAGUAGUCACUACAACACAGUGAAAGUAGUUGAGGUUGAUGAUAAUUAACCUUGCAUCAAGAAGGUUAAAUUGUGUGCAGGAAGAAGACAGGAAACUAAAGCAUUUUAGAUACAUAGCCAUUGAAAAAUGGCUAAGAUGCUUUAGGCAAUAAACUUCCGUUAUCUGGAAAAUUGAUUUAUGUGAAAUAUAUGAUUACUAAAAGUUGCCAAGUAAAUGAUUUGGUAUUGUGUGUACAUAUCUGGGGUAUUUAAAAAGCACACCUCAAAAAGGGAGUUGGCAUUAAGAACAAGAGUAAACGAAAGCAUAUUUUCUCAUUUUAUCAGGCUCAACAGAUAGCAUUUUGACAUGUGAGAGCCAUGAAUGAGGAAAUUUGCUUAAAUAAAAGAUUAGGUUGAAGAUAGUAAAUACAAAUUUGUAUUAAUGUUCAGUAGUGGUACACUGACAGACAGUAAAGUCAUUUUGUUUUUAGAUUUUGUACAGUGUCAUAUUGAUUUAAGAUUAUUGAUGGAUCAGUGUGAGAAUUUUUAUAUCAUGUCUUUGUUGAUUUGGAAAAGUAGGACUAGCCAAUAUAUUUGCAUUUUGCCUUGUUAUUAUCAAAUCUGCUUUUCAGAUAGUGAACCAAAAAAAUCAUAAGACAGUAUGUAGGUUUUAGCUUGUUUCAUGGCUAUAAAAAUAGGUGGGUUUUUUAAAAAGAAGAUAAUACAAUGCCCUUGUUUUUAUUUGAAGAAGAAAAGAUCCCUAACAUUCAUUUUGUAUAUAAUUGUCUUUAGACUUUGACAAAUUUGUACAUUUUUAAAGAUAGAGUUCAUUGCUAUACUUUGUCUAAUAUAUCUGAUAGCUGUUUUAGUUGAUGAACUUACAAAUUACUAAUUUAUUUUUAAAGUAUAUGUAAUAAUAAAAAUAAUAAUUUACAUUUAUGCAGUUCUUUAAGGUUUUAAGUGCUUUACACAAGUUAUCUCAUUUGAUCCUCACAAAAACCCGUGGUGCUAUUAUCAUCCCCAUUUUAUGGAUAAAGAAACUGAGGCUGAGAGAUUGUGGCUUACCUAGAGUCAUAGCUACUAGGUGUCUGAGGAAGAAUUUGAACUUUGAUUUUCCAGACACUAAGUCUACUCUAUUCACUUACCAUUUGGCUUCCCCAAUAUGUAUGCUAUAUGUGUGUUAUAUGUAACAUGUAAAAUCUGUAGGAUUAUUUUUAUUCAACUUAACUAAAAACAGUAAUAUUUCUAAAAUUACCCUUGAUACCAACAAUAAAGAUCAUUUUUAUUUUA